AUGAGCGACUCCGUUCAACCACCCCCGAGCCCGCCCACCUCCGCACUCGACCGCCACCAUGACUCGCUCACCGAUAGCACCGCUGUGACGCCGGAGACCCCAAAGACAGAAUCGAAUACGCCUCCAUUCGAUGUCAAGGCCCUCACGGAUCGCACCUUGCACUUCUUGGCGACUGCAAGCAAUGAGACGCUCGGCGCCUGUCUUGCCGGCCUAGGCGCAGGCACAUAUCUUAUACUUGGCCGCGUUGGGCUGGUCCUCAUAGGCGUUGUAGGCGGCGUAGUCCUCCACGCGACGUGGGAAGGGCACCAUGGCAACAACAAAGAGACACAGGGGAAGAACGCCGACGCGAGGAAGCGAGAAUUGGCCGUCGACAUAGCGCAGCGUGUUCUUGACUGGCGGACCGACAAGACGCAAGAAAAGGGCCAUGCUAGAGACGACAGCUCCGACUUCAAUGUGCAGCUGUACUCGGGCAAGACGCUCGACUACUCAGACUUCAAGCCAGAGACCGCCGCUGCGCUGACGGAGUUGACGGAUGCAGUCAUUCGUGACUAUGUCAAGUGGUGGUACUCACCCCUACUGCCCACCGAAGACACAUUCCCGAACUCGUGCCGCCAGACCUUGACGGCUUUCGUGCUUUCCAUAUCUGCACACCUCUCCCGAAAGCGACCAGCCGACAACUUCCUUGACUUUGUGACGCGCUCAUCAUCCUUCAUGAUCAUACUCCUGCAAGAGAUCGCCGUUGCAAUCCAAGCGUCACCCGGCGAUGUGCCAACCGAAGCGGUCGAUAUAUAUCUCAAGAUGAAGCGAGAUAGUACUCUAGCCAACAUACUGGACCCAGACUACCAAAUGAAGCAGUUCAGUGUAGCGGCUGAAGACAUCCUACAAAACUAUUUAGAACCGAAGACGUACAACUGCAUGCCGGCACGAAUAUUCCUACAUCAGAUACUCGCGAAGCUUAUACUCGAGAUGAUCGUCGUGAGCUGUUCCAAGCCCGAGUGGAUCAAUGGGUGGAUCGUAUAUCUUUUGGAGGAUGGCGAGCCAGAGCUUCUGAAUGCUAUUGACGCAGGCGUCGAGGGUUCUUCAGGGCAGCUACAAAACGUAAAGAAGACUGUAGAAAAAGAAUCCGACGAUGCAGAAACAACAACCACGGCUGAGAAAAGGGAACACAAGCGCGUCAUGAGCAAAGCUCAGGAAGCCAUGGACGAUGCUAUGCGAGAGGCACAGCUCUUGAGCCAGAUGAUUGCUGAAGAAGACGCAAAGCGGCUAAAGGAGCAGCAACAACAAAGCGCAUCCACGUCAACUCUGAACGACGACCAGUCCGAGAGUACCACUCAAGGGAUAGUCACCCCGUCCUCGUCAGAGAGCGACGCGCAUGGCGAUGCCGAGCAUACGGACUUAAGCAUCUCAGGACUUUCCGGCCGGUCGUUCUCAGAAGCCACACCAGCAUCUCCACCAAAGAGUUCCGAGGAACCACCGACCCAGGAAGUGAAGAAAGCAUUCACAAGCUUCGACCAGCUUGUACUACCUCAGCCGCCUACUGCGCUAAUGGACAACCCGCCUCCUGCACCGCCACCACUGACACUGCACAACAGCACAAUGUCGAUCUUUGAUGAUAGUAUGCCUGGGGAGAAGGGUACGAUCAAGGCCAAGCCGACAGCAGAGUAUCUGAUACAGAUUGAACCGAAAUCGAACCAUCACACCGGGUGGAUGACAGCACGCAAGUACGCCGAGUUCGAAACUUUACACGAAGUCAUACGUCGGAUAGCAGCCAUCACUGGGACCGCCGGCUUUAACGAAUCACACGCUACACUGCCGCCAUGGAAAGGUCACACCAAGGCGUCUUUGCGUGGAGAACUGGAGCGGUAUCUCAACGAUGCUGUAAAGUACCAACCACUUGCUGAAAGUGAGGGUAUGAAGCGGUUCUUGGACAAAGAGUUGGGCUCUGGAAAGACUCCCGGUGGUGGCUUCCCAGGCAUCGGAUGGGCAGGCCAGACUUUCGAUACUGUUGGUAAAGGGAUGAUGGGUGUACUUUCCAAGGCGCCCAAGGAAGUUGCUGGUGGUGGCAAGGCCCUCUUCGGCGGUGUUACUGGAGUACUCGGCAGCGUAACCGCACCACUAGGAGGAAAGAAGAACCGCGAUUCGGUUAGCAACGUCGCUGACACGAAGGCAUCCGGAAGCCCUCUGAGCCGUACAUCGUCCAAUACGGCGCCAAUCCAGACACGACAAAGCAGAGCCGAGUCGACCGUUUCUGAACUUCCCACGCACAUUCGUUCCGAGAGCACCUUGUCGUUGGUAACCAAACGUACAUCCAUAGAUUCUGUACGCGAUCCUCAUUCACCUGUCAUCGAUCAGCAGCCAGGCCGUGAAGCACCCAUGGAACGUCGACCAUCCUAUAACCCUGACGGCGAUGGCAAACGUUCUGGGAGAUCUUCCAGGUAUGGCUCACGGAGCAAUAGUCGUGCGCCAAGCAUGCGCGAGAAAAUAGAAGAUCUCAGUCCCAUGAUGGGAGGUGAUCAACUCAUCAACUUGCCACCAAUGCCUAGCGAAAUAACCGACGACUACAGCACUAUGCGUAAUCAACCAGAGCCAGCGCACGCCCAAAAGCCUUCGCGGUCAUCAAUAGACUCCGCACCCUCACUACCUCGUCGACCCUCAGGUACAUCAUUAACCUCAUCUCCCGCUAAAUCACCAUCAAAGUCCCGUACAGCACCCACUCAUACGCCGCUGUCCGAGCCCGAAACCACAGUCCUCAUCGAACUCUUCUUCGCAGUCAUAAACGAACUCUACACCCUCUCCUCCGCCUGGACACUCCGCCGCACACUCCUCAACGCCGCAAAAUCCUUCCUCCUUCGUCCCGGAAACCCCCAACUCUCCUCAAUCACAUCGCUCCUGCAGACUACUGUUCUCGACGGUAACGCCUCCGACGCCGGAUUAGCAUACCACAUCAGAAAGAUCCGGGAGAACGGUCUGCCAACAGAAGAAGAGCUCAAGGCAUGGCCCGCGGAGAUGAGUGAAGAGGAGAAGGAGAAAUUGAGGGUUAAAGCAAGGAAGUUACUUGUGGAGAGGGGUAUGCCUCAGGCGCUGACGAGUGUCAUGGGCCAGGCUGCUAGCGGAGAGGCGUUAGGUAAGGUGUUCGAUUGUUUACAGGAACCUAGGGUUGCAAGAGGUGUCAUGUUUGGAUUAGUGUUACAAGGAUUGAGGGCUGUGACGCAGUAG